AUGAACCAGGGAACCUCUUUCAGAUAUCUGCUCCUGGUGCUGCAACUGGUGCUCCUCCCAGCAGUCACUCAGGGAAAGAAAGUGGUGCUGGGUGAAGAAGGCAAGAUGGCGGAGCUACCCUGCAAAGCUUCCCAGAAGAAGAUUGUGUCCUUCAACUGGAAAUACCAUAAUGAGACCAGGAUUCUGAGAAACCAAGACAGCUUCUGCGUGAAAGGUCCUACUGGGCUGAAAUAUCGUCUCGAAUGCAGACCAAGUCAAUGGGAUCAAGGAUCUUUUCCUCUGAUCAUCAAUAAUCUUCAGAUGAGCGACUCAGGGCAUUACAUCUGUGAAAUAGAGAACAAGAAGGAAGAGGUUCAAUUGCUGGUAUUUAAAUUGACUGUCCGGCCUGGAGUACGCCUGCUGCAGGGACACAACCUGACCUUGACCUUGGAGGGCCCCUCUGGUAGCAACCCCUCAGUAGAAUGGAAGGGUCCAUUGGAUAAAAGUAAAAAUUCGAAUAAGAAUCUCAAGAGUUUUCCAGUAUCCUGGCUGGGGUCCCAGCAUAGCGGCACCUGGACAUGCACUGUCUCCCUGAACCAGAAGACUCUGGAACUCCGUGUAAACAUCUUGGUGCUGGCUUUCCAGAAGGCCGUUAACACAGUCUAUAAGAAACAUGGAGAGCAGGUGCAAUUCUCCUUCCCACUUAACUUCCAAGAUGAAGAUCUGAAUGGAGAGCUGAGGUGGCAGGAAAGGGGGACUUCUUCCCUCAAGCCCUGGAUCAUCUUCUCCGUGAAGGAAAAGAAGGUGUCUGUGGCAUCAGUUAUAGAUAAGUUCAAGAUGAAUGAGAUGUUGCCGCUCAUCUUGACCCUGCCUCAGGCCUUGCCUCAAUAUGCUGGUUCUGGAAACCUGAUCCUGAAUCUUGCCAUGGGAACGAUACAGCAGAAAGUGAACCUUGUAGUGAUGAGCGUGACUCAGCCCCAAAACAAUUUGGUCUGUGAGAUUCUGGGACCCAUCUCUUCCACGAUGACCCUGAGUCUGCAAUUGGAGAACAAGACGGCAAAGAUCUCGAAACCGCAGAAUAUGGUGCAGGUGUUGGACCCUGAGGCAGGGACAUGGUUGUGUCUGCUGAGUGACAAGGACAAGAUCCUGCUGGAAUCCAAGACUGAGGUUUUGUCCAAAGACAAGUUCCUCGAGUCCUUCGUGGUGCUUCUGGCUACAGGGCUGGGCCUUGGCCUUCUGUUUUCCCUUGGGUUGUGCAUAGUCUGCUAUGUCAGGUGCCGGCACCGGCGGCGCCAGGCACAGCGGAUGUCUCAGAUCAAGAGGCUCCUCAGUGAGAAGAAGACUUGCCAGUGUCCCCACCGGUUCCAGAAGACACGUAGUCUCAUUUGA